UCAAAAUGCGACCGCAAUCAGCUGCGUGCCUACUCCUGGCCAUCGUGGGCCUGGUAGGAGCCACCGAGUGGUGGGAGAGUGGCAACUACUACCAGAUCUAUCCGCGCUCCUUCCGCGACUCCGAUGGCGACGGCAUCGGAGAUCUCAACGGUGUCACCGAGAAGCUGCAGUACCUCAAGGACAUCGGCUUCACCGGCACCUGGCUCUCACCCAUUUUCAAGUCCCCCAUGGUGGACUUCGGCUACGACAUCUCGGACUUCUACACCAUCCAGCCGGAGUAUGGUACCAUGGAGGACUUUGAGCGCAUGAUCGCCAAGGCCAAGGAGGUGGGCAUCAAGAUCAUUCUGGACUUUGUGCCCAAUCACUCCAGCGACCAGAACGAAUGGUUCACGAAGUCUGUGGACAGCGAUCCCACCUACAAGGACUUUUACAUUUGGCACGACGGCAAGGUGAACAACGAGACCGGCGAACGGGAGCCGCCGAGCAACUGGAACUCGGAGUUCCGCUACAGCGCCUGGGAGUGGAACGAUGUGCGUCAGCAGUACUACCUCCACCAGUUCGCCAUUCAGCAGCCCGAUCUCAACUACCGCAACCCGGCCGUGGUCAACGAGAUGAAGAAUGUGAUCCGUUUCUGGCUGGCCAAGGGCGUCUCCGGCUUCCGUAUCGAUGCGGUGCCUUAUCUCUUCGAGGUGGACCUCGACCGCUACAACGAGUACCCGGACGAGCCGCUGACCAAUGACCCUGUGAACUGCCCGGAUUCGGACGACCACUGCUGGACGCAGCACAUCUACACUCAGGAUCAGCCGGAGACCCUCGAUAUGGUGUACCAGUGGCGCGAGCUGGUGGAUGAGUUCCAUGAGGAGCAUGGCGGUGACAAGCGACUCCUAAUGACAGAGGCCUACACCAGCUUUGACAACAUUAUCUUGUACUACGGCAACGGUGUAAGGAACGGCUCGCACAUUCCCUUCAACUUUGAUUUCCUUACGAGCAUCAACAACGCCUCCAAGGCCGGUGACUAUGUGGAUCACAUCAAGAAGUGGAUGGAUGCCAUGCCGGCUGGUGUCUACGCCAACUGGGUGCUGGGCAACCAUGACAAUAAGCGAGUGGCCUCUCGUUUCGGAGUCCAGCGCACGGACCUCAUUAACAUCCUGCUCCAGACGCUGCCAGGCCACGCGGUUACCUUCAACGGCGAGGAGCUGGGCAUGACCGAUGUAUGGAUCAGCUGGGAGGACACGGUGGAUCCCAAUGCUUGCAACUCGAACCCGGAUAUCUACUACGACCGCACAAGGGAUCCGGAGAGGACGCCCUACCAAUGGGACGCGUCUCCCCAAGCAGGCUUCACAAGUGCAGAUCACACCUGGCUACCGGUGGCCGAUGAUUACAAGACCAACAAUGCCCUGCAACAGCUCCGAGCUCCUCGUUCCCACCUUCAGAUCUUCAAGAAACUGGUGCAGGUUCGCAAGGAGCCAUCCUUCCGCAAGGGAGGACUUGUUAUCCAGGCCGUGGACGACGAUGUGAUUGUCUAUUCGCGCCAAGAGACCGGAAGCGAUCUCUAUGUCAUCGUUCUCAACUUGGGCGGCACCGCCAAGACCGUGGAUCUGACCAAGUACGCCGAACUGGGCACCCAGGCGGAGGUCAUCACCACCUCCCUGAGCUCCCAGUAUAUCGAUGGGGAUGUUGUUACCCCCUCGCAAUUCGUGGCCAAUCCUUAUGUGGGCACUGUUCUUGUGAAAGUCUAGUUAGGUUAAUUUUAUUUGACGAAACGUAAAAUGUAUAUUGCCAGUGUAAAAA